AGGUUUCUGGCAGUAACUCUUAUUUUCUUAGAAUUAGUGAUCUUUUUUUAAAUCUUCUUUGAUUCUUUCGAUGGAACCUGAUGCCGUUAUGAUGGAUCCAACAAGAACUGAAAACGACCAUCCUUCCUCUCUUCAAACUCAUUUAAAUUCGCAUAUCCUACCUAGUCAGCCAUUUUCGUUACCUGUCCACGAAAAAAUCAGUGCCGACAGUCCCAGAAAGUACAAAUUUGCGUGUUCGUUUCAUCUGCGAAAAAACGAUAAUUUUGAGUUAACGAAUUCAAAAGGACCAUCUGUGAACAGAAAUUAUUUUUAUUCUUCUGAAGAAAUUAACCCCCGUGAUACGUGUGCCGAAAACCUGCCUGUUUUAAUAUCGAUUCCCAGAACUAAAAACGGAAAUCAAGCAAAAAAUAGCCAAGUUUCGAAGCUAUGUUUAGGAUUUCCUGAAAAAAUCUUGAAAGAUGAAAGUUUAUUACCGGCUUGUCGCGAUCCCUACUCUUCAACGACCGAAAUUAUAGAAAACAACAAAUUAUUCUUCUCAGUUUCUGAUGAAAUUUCCCGCACCAAAAAUAUUUUAGAGUUUUUUGAAACUCAUCCCAAAUGGCGUCAAAGAAAAAAUUGUGAUCAAGAACCUUAUUCAAGAUCAAGAAGAUCUACAAAUGACCAAAAAAGUUCCCGCAAAAUGUCUUGGAAUUUUUUCAGUUUUUCGGAAAAAUGGCGUAUUUUUGUGGUGGUGAUGUGUCUUCUCAGCGCGACGUCUUGUGAUGCUCAUCCGCUCAGUCCCAGCGCCAUCCUAUCGCAACGCAACAACUACGUCAUGUCUACCUCUACCGCCGCGUUCACCAACUCUACCAUCAAAUCUACCAUCCCGUUUAUCACCAAUCAUACCACCAACUCUACCACCCCGUCUACCAACUCUACCAAUGCCGCUCCUGGUAGUUCUGAUAACAACUAUAAAGCUGAAGAUAACAACAACAAAAAUUACCAACUGAAGCAAACAAACGGAAAUUCUACGAACCAUUGGACCAAGCCUCGGACUAGACAAGGAGUGAGCGACGUAAAAAAUCUGAAAUUAUCCGAUAUGAAUGACCUGGGAGUGGUAGAUCGUAGAUCACAUACAUUUGAUCACGAGAUCGGCGAGGACGAAGAGGUCUAUGGUAAUACCAUCGAAGAUCACGCCGUGCCAUACCCCAAAAUUCCAGCCAGAAAGAAGUUUGGGAGGAAUGGGAAUGGUGUCUGGAAUGGGAAUGACGCCGUGAAUGGGAAUGACGCCGUGAAUGGGAAUGACGCCGUGAAUGGGAAUGACGCUGGGAAUGGGAAUGACGCCGUGAAUGGGAAUGACGCCGGGAAUGGGAAUGACGCCGAUAAUGGGAAUGACGCCGGGAAUGGGAAUGGCAUCGGAAAUUUAGAUGACGGCUGGGAUGAAGGUGACAUAAUUGUUGACAAUUACUUUGAAAAUUACCACUUCGGGAAUGGGAUCGGGAACGAAGAAGAAGAUUUCGAUGCAGCGAUUCAGGCGCCGCCUACGCCAGAGGAGGCGCAGCGUAUCGCGCGAUUCCGAGCCUCGGGUCUCAGCUGGUCCUUCUUGAGAGAUGCUGCCGCUCAGCUGGCGCAAGACCUCGCGACUCACAGGUGGUCUCCUCGAUUCAACAACAACAACAACAGCAGCUUUAACAGCAGCAACUAUAACAACAUUAACAGCAGCUACGUCAAUAACAAGAACAACAACAGCAGUUGGCUGGAUUUUAACCUCUCGGAACCUCAGCUGCAAAAUCUGCGUCGGCAAGACUUUGCCAAGCUGAAUUUCACUGCAGUGCAAUACUGGCUGGAGCAGGCGGGGGGCGGCGGGGGGCCGCCGCUGGAAGGGGGCGGCAGUGUAGGUCUGCUGCAGCACUACAUAGACCAGGGCAACACCAAGGAAGACAUCAUAAGGGCUGCGUCAAAGCUCUGCACCAACUUCCAUGUGGAGACCCCGAGGGUCUGCUUCGGCAUCCUGCACCUCAUGUCGGACGAGAUCGUGUACGUGCUGCAGAACCUGGUGAUGCAGCCUGACGGCAUCUGCGGCUUCCUCAUCGGGGAUGUGUGUGGGGUGCCCCCCGACCCCUACCAUAAGUGGAGGGUUCUCUUCCCCCCAUACCCCAAGCCCCCCAUCCGCCUCAUCAAACCCCCGAAGCCUCACCCCCUCAUCCCCCUGCAGGCGGGGAAGUGGGGAGACUACCGCAAAUGUGAUACACCAGAGCGCACCAUCGUCAGCAUGUAUCAGCACAUCGCUCGCCAGCACCCGGACAUCGACUACAUCAUAUGGACGGGUGACCUGCCUCCCCACGACAUAUGGAACCAAACAAAGGAGUCCAAUCUGAAGGUGCUGAGGGAGACCGUGCGCCAGCUCAAGGUCUUCUUCCCCAACACACUCGUCUUCCCCGCCUUGGGGAACCACGAGAGCGCCCCUGUCAACAGGUGGGUGCUCCUGUCAACAGGUGGGUGCUCCUGUCAACAGGUGGGUGCUCCUGUCAACAGGUGGGUGCUCCUGUCAAUAAGUGGGUGCUCCUGUCAACAGGUGGGUGCUCCUGUCAAUAAGUGGGUGCCCCUGUCAACAGGUGGGUGUCCCGGUCAACAGGUGGGUGCCUCUGCCAAAAGGUGGCUGCUGCUGGACUCGGAAGACCCCGCAGACCAGCUGCAGUGGCUGGUCUACGAGCUGCAGGCCGCCGAACUCAACAAGGAAAAAGUCCACAUCAUCGGCCACAUACCACCGGGCUACCAUGACUGUCUUAAGGUCUGGAGCCGCAACUUCUAUACCAUCGUCAACAGAUACGAGGACACAAUAACGGCCCAGUUCUACGGUCACACGCACUACGACGAGUUUGAACUUUUCUACGACCCGUUCCGACGUUACCGCGUCACGAACGUCGCGUUCAUCGCCCCGUCCCAGACGUCUUAUUACGCCAUGAACCCGGGCUACAGGGUCUACAAAGUCCAGGCUCAGUUCGAGGGCUCAGAAAAGCGCGUGGUGGACCUGGAGACGUGGAUCAUGGACAUGGAUGAGGCCAACCUCCCCCGCAACGCGCUGCGGGACCCGCUGUGGUACCGCCUGUACUCGGCCCGCACCGCGUACGAGAUGCGGUCCCUGCUACCCGCAGACUGGGACAACCUCGUUUACAGGAUGGUGGAGGACACACAGCUCUUUGACCUCUUUUACAGGCACUACUGGAAGAACUCGCCCCGGCGGCCGCCCUGCGACGCGGACUGCAAGAAGCGGCUGCUGUGCGACCUCAAGUCCGGACGCAGCAACGACCGCCACAAGACCUGCGCCGCCGUCCAUGAGAGGGUCGAGGCCCAGGAGCGGUCCCAGUGGCGGUCCUGGCUCUUCUCGGGCCUCACACUCACAUCCCUGGGCACGCUCUUCGUGAUGCUGUAGCUUUGUUACUGCAUCUACUUCUACAUCUGCUCCUGCGAUGGAAAAUCUACAUCUACUCCUGCAUUGAAAAAUCUACAUCUACUCCUGCAUUGAAAAAUCUACAUCUACUCCUGCAUUGAAAAAUCUACAUCUACUCCUGCAUUGAAAAAUCUACAGCUACUCCUGCAUUGAAAAAUCUACAUCUACUCCUGCAUUGAAGAUUCUACUCUCACUGCAGCUCAAUUAUUCAAGUUUAUUGAAUGUUUUCAAUUUAAAACGAAAUUAGAUGAAGUCGAAAGUUUGAUAUGACGAAUUUGGGUAUUUUUGUUCAUGAAAAUCAAUGAAAUUUUUGCAGAAUUUCUUCUAUGGUAAAAUGUCAAAGAAAUAACAAUCGUAAAAAUUUAAAAUAUCACAACUUUGUUGUCCAUGAAAUCGUCUGCUUGAUCAAUUUUAAGAAAGAUUAUUAGAAGUUAUUCUUAAAUAAUGAUUACUGCUUAAGGUGACAGAAUCAAUUAUUAUAUACAAUUCGUUUUCUGAGUGAUGCAUUGAUAAGAACGCGAGCGAUAUGAACUUUUUAUUUCAAGUGAUUUUUUAGGCGCUUAAAUUCCUCCUGUGUUUCUAUUAUUGUGACGUUUUUUUUAUGUCGUCAAAAUGAUAUUAAGAGCAAUAAUGAACCUAAACAAAUUUUGAAAAGAUAUGCCAGUCGAUGAUAAAGGAUAUGUGAAACCAAGCCCAACUGAAGUGCAUUUAGCCUGAUAAUUAUUGUUUUUAUGUCAAUAUUCCCGUGUAGUUGUUAUUUUGAACUUGUUUUAUAUUAGUCAAAGCAAAUAUUGCAAUAAUUGAAGCUAUAUUAUUGAACCCAAUCUAUUCUAGGUUUAAAAUCUACAUUAUACCGCUGCAUUUGGAAAAUUUCACGCAGCGCAUUUUUUUUUCAGUAAAAAAGAUUCGUUGCAUGAAAUUCAGUUUUUUUUUCUUUUUUGUAUUGCAUUCAAGAUUUUGUUGGAGGAGUUCUAGUUCAUUACACUAAGUAAGAAGAAACUAGUAGGAAAUGCAGGAAGCAGUUAAACUAAAUAGGUUCUGUGUUUGGUUGCGAGAACAUCGUGGUUCUUGACAACAACAACAGGUUCUGAACUCCAAAUCUCAUUUUUUUGGGGUCGCGCGCAACUAUGAAUUGAGGAUCGUUCGUAAAUUGCCGAUAACCUCUGAAGUAGGAACUUUGUCCCUAUUAAUACUUGUAAGGAAUUGUACUGCAAAAUGUGUU